AUGUCUAUGAUUACCAGGCCUGGGAUUUGGAAUGGUCUUUUAGCGCACAAACUAAGCCUCGAAACGAUCGACAUCUAUUACGACGGAUUUAUGUCCGCCUCGCGCGGCCGAUUAGGCCUCUUACGCGACUUCCCGAGCCUGAAACAUGUCAGUGUUCAACUAGAGACAUUACUCGGUGAUUGCGAUGAAGAUUCGCCCGAAAUCCCCUUGCUCCUUAAAGAAACCCUACCAUCCACCCUGGAAACAUUGACCCUCUACGAUAAUGAUGGUUUCAAUGUUCUGGCAGAUUUACCUACGCAGUUGCAAGGAAUGGUCAGCCCGGAUUUUCCCUGCCUAAAAGGCAUUUUUCUGGAAGCUGGACCAGGCCUUUAUGACCAUGAGAACGAAUGCAUCAAAGCGUCCUACCAAGCCGUUGAGCGGAAAUGCAACGAAAACGGCGUUGAAUACGAAAUCCAAGAACCUCACCAGCUCAAACAUGGCGGGCUUCGUCGAGACCUGUGGGCAAAGAUGAGAGAAGAUGGAAAUGAACGCGCUGAAUGGUUCGGCGUGGCGCCCAAAAAGUUCCGGGAUCUUGAAGAGCUCAUUCUCUGUCCAGCAAAGGAAGGGAAAGAAGAAGAAGAAGAUGAUGAUUGUGACGGGUUGUGGUAG